AUGGAUGCACGUACGACUGCACAGCCUGUCUGCUUCAACAACGAAGGUGGGAGGAUCGCCAUCCAAGCGGCGGAGUACCAUGUUCAUGGGAAUAACACCGUGAAUGAAGCCCAGGAUGCCGUGCUUGAGAAGCUACCGUAUGCCGCCGAGGCGCCGUUCAACGCGUAUACCAAGCAGCACGAGCCUACCUGCCUUCCCUCUACACGAACCGCACUCUUGGACGAGAUAUACAGCUGGACCGAUGGACGAGAUGAGCGAUGUGUCUACUGGCUGAAUGGCCUGGCUGGUACCGGAAAAUCGACAAUCGCGCGGACCGUAGCUCGUAGACAUUAUGAGCGAAAGAGCUUAGGGGCUAGCUUCUUCUUCACCAAAGGCGGCGGUGACGUUAGCCAUGUGGGCAAAUUCGCAACAAGUAUUGCUGUCCAGCUUGCGCACAACAUUCCAGCAUCUCGCCAGCACAUAUGUAAGGCGAUUGCAGAGCGCCCUAAUAUCUCGGAAUACUCAUUGCGCGACCAGUGGCAGCACCUCGUUCUCACUUCACUAUCCGCGUUAGAUAAUUCAGACAACAUCAAUUCUCUUGUCCUAGUCAUCGAUGCGCUGGAUGAGUGCGACAAUGAUAACGACAUCCGGGUAGUUAUCGAACUGUUGGCUGAAGCUCAGGAACUGAGCGGACCAAGACUCCGCAUAAUCUUGACGAGCAGGCCUGAAGUAGCGAUCCGGCACGGCUUCUACCAUGUCUCGGAUGCAUUACAUCAGAGUUUUGUGCUGCACCACAUACCGUCCUCCAUUGUCGAUGCUGACAUAAAACUCUUCCUGGAACACAGCCUUACUAUCACUGCUCGGGAACAGCGCCUACCUGCUAGCUGGCCCGGCCCUGAACUCGUUGCGAAGAUGGUUCAGAGGGCCAGUGGUCUUUUCAUCUGGGCUGCAACUGCCCAUUGA